GUAGCCGUUGAAUUUUCUUCUUUCUUCCCAAUUCAUCUUCACGCAACGCAUCUCUCUCAACAAUUCUGUUUCUCCUUAAUCCUCCCUCUCCUAACUCUCAGCACAACAAUGCUCGUGUAGCACUCAAAAGUCGUCGUAAUGUCUAACCACCAAAUCAUCAACUACGCUUCUUCUUCUUCUUCUUCUCUCAAAAAGCAUGACGUUUUUCUCAGCUUUCGGGGCGAAGACACACGCCAAGACUUCACAAGCCAUCGACGCUCUCAUCCAAGCAAAACUCGAAAUCUACAUAGACUACAGGCUCCAAAAGGGUGAUGAGAUCUCGCAAGCACUCAUCCAAGCCAUUCAAGAGUCACAAGUAUCCAUUGUCAUCUUCUCACAAAACUAUGCUACCUCCAAAUGGUGCUUGGACGAAAUCACUAUGAUUAUGGAGUGCAAGGAGGGUCAGGGACAGAUUGUUAUACCUGUGUUCUACAAAAUAGACCCAUCACAUGUGAGGAAGCAACGAGGGUCUUUCGAGACAGCUUUUGUGGAACAUGAGGGAGAUCCUAAGAUCACAAAUGAUAGGGUGAAAAAAUGGAGAGAAGCUCUCACAAAAGCAGCUAAUUUGGCUGGCUGGGACUCUCAAAAUAGGACCGAGGCCGAAUUCAUUAAGGAAAUUGUUAAAGAUGUUUUACACAGACUGAAUCUCAUAUACCCAAUUGAGUUGAAAGGACUGAUUGGAAUUGAGGGAAACUAUGCCAAGAUUGAAUCAUUAUUGGAGAUUGGGUCAAGAGAUAUCAGAGUGAUUGGAAUAUGGGGCAUGGGUGGCAUAGGAAAGACUACCCUGGCAAUUGCUUUACUUGCAAAACUGUUUUCUCAAUUUGAAGCUCACUGCUUUCUCUCAAAAGUAAGGGAACAAUCAGAAAAGCAUGGUGUAGAUGCCUUACGCAGAACACUAUUCUCUGAGUUGUUACCGGGAGAAAAUCUUCAUGCACAUGUGCCCAAAGUUGAAUCCCAUUUUAUAACAAGAAGACUUAGACGUAAAAAAGUUUUUAUUGUUUUGGAUGAUGUGGCUUCCACAGAACAAUUAGAAGAUCUAAUAAGUGAUUUCGAUUGUUUAGGACCGGGUAGUAGAGUGCUUGUAACAACAAGAGAUAAGCACAUAUUUGGUUAUGUUGAUGAAGUAUAUGAGGUAAAGGAAUUGAACCACCGUGACUCUCUUCAACUUUUCUGUUUGAAUGCCUUCAGAGAAAAGCAUCCCAAGAAUGGAUUUGAAGAGCUAUCAGAAAGUGUAAUAGCCUACUGCAAAGGAAACCCAUUGGCUAUAAAAGUUUUGGGUGCACGUCUUCGUUCAAGGAGUGAACAAGCAUGGAUCAGUGAAUUGAGAAAGCUCCAAAAGAUUCCUAAUGUGAAAAUUUAUAAUGUGUUAAAGUUGAGUUUUGAUGACUUAGAUCCUAUUGAGCAGGACAUAUUUCUAGACAUUGCGUGCUUCCUCAAAGGAGAAUAUAGAGAUCACAUAAUAAGUCUUCUGGAAGCUUGUAAUUUCUUUCCAGCUAUUGGAAUAGAAGUCCUUGAAGAUAAGUCUCUGAUAACUAUUUCCCGUGAAGAUAAAAUAGAAAUGCAUGACCUGAUACAAGAAAUGGGUUGGAAUAUUGUUUACCAAGAAUCUAUCAAAGAACCUGGAAGACGAAGUCGAUUGUGGGACCCUGAAGAAGUCUAUGAUGUAUUGAAAUAUAAUAGGGGAACUGAAGCAAUAGAAGGCAUAAUAUUAGACGUGUCUAAAAUUGAGGAUCUGCAUUUGAGCUUUGAUUCCUUUACAAAAAUGACUAACAUAAGAUUUCUUAAAUUCUAUUAUGGAGAGUGCACUAGCAGAUGUAAAAUAUACCUUCCUAAGAAUGGUCUUAAGUCAUUGUCUGACAAAUUAAGGUACCUUCAAUGGCAUGGGUACUGUUUGGAGUCUUUGCCAUCAACCUUUUCUGCUAAAUUGCUUGUUGAGCUUUCCAUGCCCUACAGCAACCUUCAAAGGCUUUGGGACGGAAUUCAGAAUCUUGUGAAUUUAAAGGACAUUGACCUUAGAUUCUGCGAAAACCUGGUUGAGGUCCCAGACUUAUCUAUGGCCACAAAUCUCGAAGAUUUAUCUCUUUCUCAGUGUAAAAGUCUGCGUCAAGUUCAUCCAUCCAUCUUGUCUCUCCCAAAGCUUCAAGUUCUAGAUUUAGAAGGCUGCACUGAGAUUCAAAGCCUUCAAACCAACGUUCAUUCAAAAUCUCUCCAAAGCAUCCGUCUCAGCAACUGCUCAUCCCUCAAAGAGUUUUCAGUAUCCUCAGUGGAACUUCAGAGAUUGUGGUUAGAUGGCACAAAUAUCCAGGAACUUCCCUCAUCAAUUUGGCAUUGUGCGAAACUCCAGUUUAUUGACGUACAAGGUUGUAACGAUCUCGAUGAUUUUGGGGACCAGUUAUCUCGUGAUCCAAGAACAGCAUCUUUUAAUAAUGUGGUCCUUUCUGGGUGCAAACACCUCAAUGCAUCGAAUCUGCAUCUUAUUCUCGAUAGUUUGCGGUCUUUAACAUUGCUAGAGUUGGAAAAUUGUUGCAACUUACGAACACUCCCUGACAGCAUUGGUGUGUUAUCAUCAUUACAGCGCUUAAAGCUAGGGGGGAGCAAUGUUGAGAGCUUGCCUGCAAGCAUCAAGAACCUUUCGAUGCUGAGAAGGCUUUAUUUAGAUAACUGCAUGAAACUUGUGUCACUGCCAGAACUUCCACAGUCUCUGUGGUUGUUAAGUGCAGUUAAUUGUACAUCUUUAGUGACAAACUUCACUCAACUGAACAUACCCUUUCAACUGAAACAUGGACUUGAAGAUCGCCCUCAAUCUUUUUUCCUCCCUAUUUCCCAUGUUCCUGACAGUUUCAGCUUUCAUGCUGAAGCGGCUUCAGUAACAAUUCCUCAUCUACCACUUUCUGACUUAUGUGGCUUAAUUUUUUGUGUCUUUCUUUCUCAGUCACCACCACAUGGCAAAUAUGUUUAUGUUGAUUGUUUCAUCUACAAAAAUUCUGAGAAGAUCGAUGGCAGAGGCGCCUCAUUGGGAGAUCAGAAUUUGAUUUUGGAUCAUGUGUUUCUUUGGUUUGUGGACACCGCAAAAUUUGGAGACGAUUCCUUGGCUAGGAGAUUACAAAAAGGUGAAGCGUGUGAUUCUUCCAACGUAUCAUUUGAAUUCUUGGUGGAAGAUGAGGAUGGAGAAUGGUCAACGAAGGGGAUAAAGGGGUGUGGGAUCUACCCCAUUUAUGCCUCUGAACAAAAGGGAUUGGAGGUGGAGUUUGGGGAUAGUUCUAGAGAUAUUGUUGAGUUGGAACUCAAAAGCUCUAAUGAUAUCGAUGAGUUACAAGUCAAAGGAUCUAAACAUGACAAUGAAGAUGACCAGACUGAGAAAGUGCAGCAAGUUAUGCACCAAAGAAUUACUACAGGUUUGCAGCAUGUAAAAGUGGACUCCGAUGAAAAUUCUUCCUGUAACAAUUUCAUAGCUUUAGCAGCGGAUGGUACAAAGAGAAAACCACCAAGUUUCGAGGAAGAGAAUUACUAUAUAACUUCAACACCUGAAAACCAAAUUAUCCUCAUUGACAAUCCAAGUACCUCCAACAUCGAUUCAAAGCAGACUAUUGAAGUGUUAGAAGAAAAAGACUUGGCAAACAAUGAAGUAAACGAAUGUUCUGAUCGAGUCACGUCUGAGAUAUUUCAUGCUCUUGUGGAGAAUGACAACCCCCAUCUUGAACCAGAUUGGGAUCCAAUUACUGAGCUUGAGAGCUUGUUAUUUGAUAGUUAUAAGAGUUUUCCCAUGUCAACUCUCUCAACUACUGUUUCAGAGAUUGAAGUACAGUAUCCAAAUGUGGCAGCUAUCCUUGAAAAAUUAGACACCCUUUUGGAAACCUCCCUUGAAACUAUCUGUUCUGAUGCUGAAGUCAAGCAACAAUGCCAUCAUGUUUUGGAUCAACUUGUCCAAUUUCAAGACCAUGUUCCCAUUAAGCUUCAUCCUGUAAUUAACAAAUUAAAAACUUUCAUUGAAGGUGUUGAUGUCAGGUUUCUGACUGCCCAAAAAACUAUCCAAGAUUAUGAUCAGCUGCUCCAAUCAAGGUCUCUUCUAUCAAAGCAUUUGGAAAGUGCCAAAGCUCGCCAAUACCAAAUUAAUUCAAAAGUCUCUGAAGGUAAAAUACAAUUGGAAAAGAUCAAUUCUGAGAUUGUUGAACUAGAACAAAGGAUAAGUGUUUUGGUUGAGACAAGAGACAGGCUAAAGAGUGCCUUGGACAAUUGUGAUGUUGAAAAUAACAAGUUAAAGAAUCAGGUUGCAAAAUGGGUGCCAAAAUGCAAGACAGUCAUCACAGCUUUGAAGGAGUCCACGAUUUCUUACAAAGUGGCCAUAACCAAUAAGAAGAAAGAUGAAGAUGAAUGGAUUGAUCUGAAGAAAACCUUUGCAGCUAUGAGAUUUGAAUUGCCAUCAAUUUAUACAUAUUUUGACAUUAGGUCAUAGCAAUUUGGUCUUGUUUUACUAUUUUUGGUUAUUUGACACCUUUCUAGGUUGACAAUGGACGUUUGAUUAUUUUUUUGUUGGAUGUUAAUAUUCUCUGCUAAUUGCUAACUGUUUUUAAUUCACACCGACUGAACAAAUUGUUUUUCCAGCUAA